AUGCUUGGGGGGUUGCAGGACGAGGAGAGACGGCGUAAGCAGCAGCUGGAGGAGAUUCGUAAGCGAGAGGCGGAGGAGCGAGCAAAGCAGGAGGAGGAGAGGAGAUGGAGAGAGGAGGAGAGAGCCAAGCGAGAGGCCGAGGAGAAGAGGAGACAGGAGGAGGAGUACUACACUCGCCUGGAAGCUGGGCGGCGCCGGCAGCACGAAGAGGCCGAGAGAAAGCUGCUGACGCCCGACGAGCCCGCCGGUCUGUAUCGGCCCCCACUGCCCCGGGACUACCAACCCCCCGCCCCCCACAACCCUACUAACAACCCCCCGCCACCCCCACAGAGAAACACCUCCUACCUCAAAACCCAGGUUGCCUCCCCCGACACGCUCUACACCGCCAAGUUCGUCUCCUACGCGGGCGACGAGGAUGACGAUGAGGAAGCCACCAAAGCAGCAGUCGGCGGCGGCGGCGGAAUCGGCCAAUCAGGUCAGGUGAAGCUGUCGGCGACGCGGAAGUCGUACGGCGACCUCCCGGCGUCCGCCUCGCCCAAUCACGGCAGGCCUAAGCCGCCGCCCACUGCCCGAAAGCCCCGCCCUCUUUCCGACGGCAUCUUCCUGUCUGCCUCGUUCCAGCCGCCAUUCAACAACAACUCCAACAGUACAGGCCCCCCCCUUCCUGUCAAACCCAGCUCCGUCCCCCCGGGAGGCGUUAAAGGAUUUAACUCGUACACUGGAAACUCAGGAGUUGUAGGAUCAGGAGAAGUCUACAACGACCCGCGGGACAAAUGGGCCAAGAGUCAGGAGCAGGAGAACUCGAUCCCCGGCGGCGGUGGCGGCGCUCCUCCAGAGAGUCUGACGUUUAAGGAGCGCCAGCGUCUCUUCUCUCAGGGGAAGGAAGUUUCCAACAAAGUCAAAGCUUCACGUAAACUCAUGGAGCUGGAGAACGAGCUCAACACCAAGUAGUCAACCUGACCCCCCCCAAAAAAACCUGACCCCCCCCCCACCUCAACCCCGAGCCUUUAAAACCUCCUAACGCCACCUCAACGCUGACAUCACCACGGCGUAACGUUCAGGUGCCGCUGGGACAAAAGAGAACCGGGCUCGUUCCCCCGUUCUCCCGCUGACCGUCUCCUCCUGUUUGUGUCGUUUUUAUUUCACCUUUUUAUUUUUUUAUUUUAAUCAUUGAAUAACUGGACCACCACUCUUUAUUUUUGUUUAUUUUUUUGACGUAGCUAUAUCGCUGCAAAUAGGAGAGAGACAUUUAUGGCUUAAAAAAAAAAAAGAAACAUUUUCUUCCCCUCGUUAUAAAAGUCUGUCAAAGAUUAUAUAAUGAUAAAGCACUGUACAAAAGUUUUAAUUAUUAUCUAGUUUGAGAGGAAUUUGAGAAUCACACUUUUAAGAUAAAUUUGGGGGGGGGGGGGUCUAUUUUUUUGUGUGUAAAAUGGUUCUCGAGGUGGAAGCGAGGGGUGAAAAGGAGAAAAAAAGGUUUAAUGCUCAUUUUAAUUUUUUUAAAUUUUUAUUUUAAAUAUCUUAUUGAAAUAUGAACAAUUUUUAUGAUGUAAUUUUAUUUUAUGCAUUUUUUUCUUUUCUUUUUUUUUUUAUUUCUGCAUCAUGUUUUGUUUUUUUCACUUUUUUUUUUUUCCUUUUUCUUGCCAGCAGAAAUGCCCACGAUUGAGCUCCAGACCAAUCUUUAUUUCUCUAUUCUUUAUUAAUUUUAAUUAUUUUUAAUUAAAUUCUCAGUGAGUGAAAACACUGUUAUAUUUCAUUCCGUAGCAUAAUAAAAAGCAUGGGAUUUUAAUUUUUUUUUUUUGGUGAUGUUUUUUUAGAUAUUAAACUUUGGAGGAUCUUAACAGUCCAGAGAGAAGGAUCUUUUUAUUUCUUUUUUUUUGUUAUUAUAAUUAAAGUGCACAACAUUACUGUAAAUAUUUGGGUCCACAACUGUCUCACUCUUUACUACUGUAGAAACCUGCCAGGCUACUAAAAAUAAACUUCAACACUAAUGUGAUUUAACUGCAUUUUUAUUUUAUUUUAAUGGUGAAAUUCUGCCUAAAAAAACUGAACUAAACUGGACUGUCUCUCCCUCCUCUUCCUCCUCCUCCUCUUCCUCCUCUUCUUCCUCCUCUCUCACUGCUCCUCACCGUCAGUGGAGUUAAUUUUUUUAAAUGUUUUUUUUCAAACUCCCAAAAAAUCGAGGUAAUUGUUUGUUUUAAUGAAUAAAAAUCAACUUUUUUUUCUCUUCUUUUUAAAAAAAAAAAUAUUUGCAGAGUUGUGUGAGAUUUAAUUGAGGUUGAUCGUACUUUAAAAAUUCAAAACUCACUUUUCUUUAACAGAUAUUUAUUUCAAAAAUCUUUUUUGUGGGGAGAAAAAAAACAAAACAAACUUGCACAAAAAUUAACACGUGUUUUUUUUUUUUUAUUAAAUAUGUAUCAGCGAACUGUUUCAGAGAAGUGGAUUCUUUACAUUUGGGACCUCUCGUACUGUGGUAAUAAAUCUGUUGUUUUUUUCCUCUUAUUAAAAAAAGAGACAGAAAAGUGUUUUUGUUUUUUUAACACCAGCUGUGUUGGAGUGGAGGAAUCCAGAUGUUUUAUUCUUUAGGACUGGAGUCAAAAAAAAAAAAAAAGUGAAAGAAUUGUGAUUGUACAAAAAUUAUAUAUAUAUACACACAAUUCCCUUAAAUCACUUAAACCACCAUCAUCAUCAUCACUGCUGCUGCUCUGCUGAUGUAGAAAAGAAAUGCACUUCCAAACCUGCAGUGUGUCCCUUUUUUCUUUUCUUUUUCUUUUUUUAAAUUAAAAGAAAAAAGAAAUAAGUGAUGUUUCAAAUGUUUUAUCUCCUUUUUUCUGCAGUUUGUUUGAGUGACUCCAUCCUGUGUGUGGAUUUAUUAUAUUUUUUUCCCUCCAGGAAACUCCACUUUAAAAAAAUAAAUAAAAUCUUACAUGAUGAUGAUGAUGAUGAUGAUGAUAAGAUGCUGUUAUAAAAACUGACUUGUAAAAAAACAAAACACACACACACACACUACAGACACCUCCCCUUCCUCCUCCUCCUCUUCCUCAACCACAACUCCCUUUUUAGGUUUCAAAAUGAACUGAAUCAUUUAAAUGGUUUCAUGUUUAGCCUUUUGUAAAUCAUUAAUAAAUACAGAUUUUUCAACAGUG